CUUCCGCGGAUAGAGUGACGUCAUGCCACACACCGUAAACAUACGCGUUUGACAGAUUGUAUUUUAAACCAGAUAUACAAGUUGUCUAGCGCUGUAUCUUAAAAUAUUUAAAGAUGUCACAGAAGGAUCCUUGUCAGAAGCAGGCUUGUGAGAUACAGAAAUGUUUACAAGCUAACAGAUACAUUGAAAGUCGUUGUGAGAAUGUGAUACAAGCCAUGAGGAAGUGCUGUGAAGCUCAUGCUGGAGAAAACUCGGUGUGCUGCUCUGGAUUUGCCAAACACCACAAAUCUACAGGGACGACAACAUGAAUACAUGGAUAUGUUUGAGUGACAUAUGUGGACAUCUACGGCAACCAUCAAUGGACACUUUACCACAUGGUGUAUGCAAGGACAUGAAUAAUAAAUAUUUAUUUGAAACACUGUAAUCACUUUUAAGCUAAUAAAAUGAAACUCUUCAGUAAAUCA